CUGCGCGACCAGUUCGAGUGGGACCUGGUGACGCCCGAGCAAGUAUCCCGCGUGCUGUGCGCAGAGAAGUGCCUCGGCGGCGAGUUCGAGACGGCCAUCGCACACGCCAUCCGUGAGCAGCUCCACGCCUUUGUCAAGUCCUUCCUGCUGGCCGGAUACGGCCAGCGCGUCAUCCAGAUCGACGACCGCGAGCUGGCGCGCAGCGUCUUGCCGCCCGUGACCAAGGGGGUCAGGGAGAAGGGCAUGGCGACGACGUUUGAGCCGCUGAUUGCGCACUUG